AUGGGUAUGAUCAGAAAGAACCACAUGAACUUCUCUGAUCUCUUUAUUGUUUUCUUGAUCCUCUUCCUAUCCUUGAGCCAUCAAUAUGAUCUUUCCCAUGGAGCUGGGUGGCGAUCUAACACCAUCUCUGCAAAUCAAACGCUUUCUGGAGACCAAACAAUUGUGUCAUCACGUGGAGUAUUCGCACUAGGGUUCUUCAAACUAGGUAAGGACUCCAACAAAAACUACAUAGGAAUAUGGUACAACAGUCACCCUGGUAAUCAAACUGUGGUUUGGGUAGCAAAUAGAGAUAAACCCAUCUCAGAUAGGUAUUCCUCCCAACUCAUUUUCUUAAACGGUAAUUUGGUGCUUCUCAACGAAUCUCGAAAACCUAUUUGGUCCACCAACAUCUCUUCUUCUUCUUUAUCAUCAUCUCAAGUUCGUGUAGUGAUCCUAGGUGAUGAUGGUAAUUUGGUGCUAAGGGUGGACGACGUUUCGAAAUCCAUAGUUUGGCAGAGCUUUGAUUACCCUGUCCACGUAUGUUUGCCUGGCGUAAAGCUUUCAUAUAACAAACGCACUAAAACUCACAGGAGCCUCACUUCAUGGAAAAACUCGGAAGACCCUUCGGUUGGGUUAUUUUCAUUUGAACUUGAUGAAUAUAACAAUCAAUACAUUAUGCGGCGCAAUGGAUCCGAGCAGUACUGGACUAGCGGCCCGUGGGAUGGGAAGAUCUUCAGCUUGGUGCCCGAGAUGAGGAUCGGCUUCCUCUACAACUUCAGCUAUGUUAACAAGGAGAACGAGAGUUACUUUAUGUUUAAGAUGAACAAUCCUAAUAACAUUUCUCUUGCAUUUAUAGAUGUAACCGGGCAAUUCAGGGUCGUGAGUUGGGUGGAUGGUGCUGGAUGGAAUUUAUUCUGGAACCAACCAAGAAGUCAGUGUGAUAUUUAUGCUUUAUGCGGAGGAAAUGGAGCCUGCAAUCAGAUCACACAGCAAUUUUGCAAUUGUUUGGAGGGUUUCCAUCCCAUGUCACAGGAUGGUUGGAAUCUCAAUGAUUUUUCAGGUGGCUGUGUUAGGAAUUUCGAUUUGCAAUGCGGAAAUAUUAAUAAUAAUAAUAAUAAUAAACGUCGAGACGGGUUCAAGCUGUUCACCAACAUGAGAUUGCCCAGGAAUCCAAAGUCUCUUCCCGACGACCAAAUGGAUAUCAAGACAUGUGUAUCUUCCUGCCUCAAUGACUGCUCGUGCUCUGCUUAUGCUUACGACAACAAAGUAUGUUCGGUUUGGAAUGGAGAGUUGUGGAAUCUACAAACGCUUGCUGAAAACGAGGGUAAUGGCAGCAAUAUUUAUAUCAGACUUGCUGCUGAAGAGUUUGCCAGUGGUGAUAGAAGCGCAGAAAAGACUAUUGGUGUGGUUAUUAUGGGUUCGGUUGCUGCUAUAGUUGUUUUGGGCAUAGUUAUCUUCUUCGUUACGAGGAGGCGAAAGAUGUCGAAGAAUGUGGAAGGUUAUUUGGUUGCUUUCAUGUACCGGGACCUGCAACAGGCGACCAAAAACUUCUCGGAGAAACUAGGAGGUGGGGGGUUUGGUUCUGUUUACAAAGGGAGGUUGCCUGAUUCAACGUUGGUCGCGGUUAAGAAGCUCGAUAGUAUCAGCCAAGGAGAGAAGCAAUUCCGGAUGGAAGUAAGCACGAUUGGGAACGUUCAACAUGUUAACCUUGUCCGUCUUCGCGGGUUCUGCUCCCAAGGAAACAAGAAGUUGCUGGUUUACGAUUACAUGCAAAACGGCUCUCUGGAUUCCAUUCUUUUCCAUCAUAAUGAUUCAAAAUCUGUUUUGGACUGGAAAACCAGGUACCAAAUUGCCAUAGGAAUUGCUCGGGGCUUGGCUUAUUUACACGACAUGUGUCGCGACUGCAUCGUCCACUGCGAUAUAAAACCUGAAAACAUCCUUCUAGAUUCCGGGUUCUGUCCCAAGGUGGCAGAUUUCGGGCUGGCAAAACUCAUGGGUCGAGAUUUCAGUCGGGUGUUGACAACAAUAAGAGGUACAAUAGGGUAUCUUGCUCCGGAAUGGAUAUCGGGAGUAGCCAUAACGCCAAAAGCGGAUGUUUAUAGCUACGGGAUGAUGCUAUUCGAGUUGAUAUCAGGACGAAGAAACUCUGGAGAUGGGAGAAUAAUGUACUUCCCGAUUUGGGCUGCGAAUUUGGCCGUAGAAGGGGGAGAUAUUAUGAGGCUAUUGGAUGCUAGAGUGGAUAGAGAAAGUGUCGAACCUGAGGAAGUGAUGAGAACUUGUAGGGUGGCUUGCUGGUGCAUACAAGACUGGGAAGGGCAUAGGUCGACAAUGGGUCAAGUGGUUCAGGUCCUUGAAGGGGUUAUAAACGUAGAACAGUCUCCGGUUCCACGGGUUCUCCAAGGCAUGGUUGAAGACGAUGAAAGCUUGUAUUUAUUCGAAGAAUCAUAUUCUUCUAAUUCAAACAAAACCUCUCAAGCCAAAGACACAUCUUCUUCUGGUCAUUCUCAUCCCUAAAGCAUUUCUCCAUCCAAGAGUGCAUGUCUUGAAAUAAAUGGAUCAGUUAAUCUAACGAAUGGUAAUUAAACAGAGUUUAUAUUCGUCUAGGGUUUGAUUCCGUUGAAC